GGAGUCCAGCCAGAGUCCGUCCCACGCAACACGCCUGGCUGGACGCCUGGAUCCAACCCGCCGCCGCACCGAGCAACCGAGCCACAAUAAUUGGUUGCAGCCAAGCAAGUGCCACUAGCUACGGCAGUUUCCGAGUGUGUGCUAGUGCGGUCGGAGGUCUCUACCUUCCUCCGAUCGGGUGCCUGUGGACUGUGGUCGCCAAGCCAGCCAUGGCCUCCUUCCCCUCCGUCUCCGUGGCGAGGGCGAGGCCGAGACCCUUCCUCCUGCUGGCGGCGGCGGUGGUCGCGGUGGCGGUGCUCGCGCGCGGCGCCCACGCGCAGCUCUCCGCGGGGUUCUACUCGGCGAGCUGCCCCACCGUGCACGGCGCCGUGCGCCAGGUCAUGUCGCAGGCCGUCAUCAACGACACGCGCACCGGCGCCGCCAUCCUCCGCCUCUUCUUCCACGACUGCUUCGUCAACGGCUGCGACGCCUCGCUGCUGCUCGACGACACGGCCACGACGCCCGGCGAGAAGAGCUCCGGCCCCAACGCCGGCGGCUCCACCUUCGGCUUCGACGUCAUCGACAACAUCAAGACGCAGGUCGAGGCCGCCUGCCCCGGCACCGUCUCCUGCGCCGACAUCCUCGCCCUCGCCGCGCGCGACAGCGUCAACCUGCUGGGCGGGCCGAGCUGGGCGGUGCCCCUGGGGCGGCGCGACGCGACGGCCCCGGACCCGGACGGGGCGAGGACGCUGCCGGGCCCGGACCUGGACCUCGCCGCGCUCGUCUCCGCCUUCGCCGCCAAGGGGCUCACGUCGCGCGACCUGGCCGCGCUCUCGGGCGCGCACACGGUGGGCAUGGCGCGCUGCGUCCAGUUCCGCACGCACGUCUACUGCGACGCCAACGUGAGCCCGGCCUUCGCGACGCAGCAGCGGCAGCUCUGCCCGGCCUCCGGCGGCGACGCCGGCCUCGCGCCGCUCGACCCGCUCACCCCCAACGAGUUCGACAACGGCUACUACCGCAACCUCAUGUCCGGCGCCGGGCUGCUGCGCUCCGACCAGGAGCUCUUCAACAACGGCCAGCUGGACUCCCUGGUGCGGCUCUACAGCGCCAACCCCGCCGCUUUCUCGGCCGACUUCGCCGCCUCCAUGAUCAACCUCGGGAACGUCAGCCCGCUCACCGGGUCCAGCGGGGAGAUCAGGCUCGAUUGCAGGGUUGGGCGAGCUCAACCGAUCAUGGAAUAAUUGUCCGCUCAUAGUACUCGACAAAAGCGUUGCUACAUAUAAAUAGCUGGAAAAUGCUGGGCGCGCUCGUGGCUCUCUGAUCAGUUGGUGGCGAUCCCGUGAAGGAAUAUUGGCAUCUUUUCGUUGUUUCAGAGUCGUAAAUAAUGUUUUGAGAUCUGCGGAUAGAGCAGCUGGGGAGCGACGAAAAGGCCCGGCGGAGCGCGUACGUCAAGUCCCUCGGUCAUGAUUUGGUUCCUGGAAUGGCCCUGAACCGUCUCGAAAGGGACUUUUCACCCAACAAAUGCGGCCCAAUUGUCUCUAGUUCUAGCCGUGCUCAGAGCAGCGCUAAUCCAUUGGAUCUAAAAUAUCUACUCCAAAGAGGGGGAAAGAAAGACCUAUAUAUCAAGACUUGGCGUUGAUCAUGCCCAUAACGGUGAAGAUAAGGUGUUGUAGCGCAUUAUUUGUGUUCUUGUGGACACCAUUUUGCAGAUAAAUUGGUCCAGUUUGCCACUUGUUAAAGUUUGGAAAUGGAAGGCCACUCGGCACUCAGGAUAUUUGCUUUA